CAGCAGCAGUAGCAACACUAAAGAACGAAAACAAUGAUAGCGGCCGAAAAUUUGGAUCUUUCCUUCAAAGAGCUUUCUCUGGACGGGGGCACAACGAUGGCCAGUGAGGAGAGUAACAAAAUUCUCAAAUGGAAUCUACCGCUGAAGGAGCUGUACAAGCUGGCGUGCAGUUUUUACAAAGAAAAAUCUGGCAAAGCGAUCCAUCUAAGCUACGAGGACAAUUUGAAGCUGGUGGCUUUUACACAGCAAGCAGCGCACGGCCCACUAGAUCUAUCGCAGGCACCACCCCUAGGAAUGUUUGAUGUGAUCGGGAAAGAUCGUAGAAUAGCAUGGCAACAGCUGGGCACAAUCACAAAGCUCCAAGCGAUGGAAGGUUUCAUCGAUCUUCUGGAUCGGCUCUGUCCGUUGUUUAAACCGUACGUGGAAGCGAUCAAAAAGGACAAGGAAGAGAAAGCACGCCGUGCGGAACAGGAACAGAUUCAACGCACCGAAGCACUCGCCGCCGAAAAGGAACGCCAGGAGGAGCUGCAACGGCUUGAAAAUGAAAAGAACCGCGAGGAACUGCACCGACGACAGUUACAGGAUGCGCUGAACCAGCAAACGUACCACCAGUUUAAGGAGUACGCAGAGAUCCAAUUCCCGGGCAAUCCGGAACAGCAGGCGGUGCUUAUUCGGCAGCUCCAAAACGAACACUACCACCAGUACAUGCAGCAGUUGCAGGCCCAGGUUGCCACCAAUUUGGCCCGGCUGAAAAGCAUAUCGGACGGCGAGGAUGAUGAUAGUAAUCCGACGGCCGUAGUGUGCGAGAAUGGAACCGUACACGGUGGUGCUGCUACUGAGACGGGUGAAUUUGCUUGCGCGAACGUGAAGGAAAAUAGUCAAUUCGAGUUUAAGGAACAGUGUGACAGUGACAAUGACUCCGGAGAUUACGCAGUAAUCAGCCCUGCAAACAUGUGGACCAAACCGGAUAUAAAACUAUUCAAGCAGGAAGUGAUGGCCGGCAAAGGCGAUGGAGUGAUACGCGUUAACCAUGGCGAUACAGUGACGGUGAAAGUUCCAACGCACGAAGGUGGUUCGUGUUUGUUCUGGGAGUUUGCAACGGACAGUUACGAUAUUGGCUUUGGCGUUUACUUCGAGUGGGGCAAACCGCCGACGACGGAAGUGUCGGUGCAUAUAAGCGAAAGCGACGAGGACGAUGAUACGAUAGAGGAAGAUGAAGAAGUGAUCUGUGCGGAAGACCUAGAAUGUGGCACAGUACAGACCAACCAAACCAGUGGAACCGGCAGUGCGCUCGGUUCACGCAAUCCCAUCUCGAUCAUCAUACCGAUCUACAGGCGCGAAUGUCACCAGGAAGUGUACGCCGGCUCGCAUACCUACCCAGGCGAAGGCACGUACUUGCUCAAGUUUGACAACUCGUACAGCUUGUGGCGUCCGAAGACGCUGUACUACAAGGUUUUCUACACGCGAUAAUCGGUA